AUGCAGAAACGCGAGAAUGGUCCUCCCAACCGAGGUGGAAAUAGGAUGCAGAAACGCGCAAAUGUCCCCAACCGAGGCGGCGGCAGUGGGGGUGUUACGAAGCGAUUCAAAGAGCAGCCUGGUCGGGAAAACACGACCACCGGCACGGUAGAGGAGGUGUUGGACAUUGAAGCCCGGACUCUUCUCGCCAAGUUACGGCUUGAUGAAAGCAGUGCUGGGGCCGGUGAAGGGGACGACCACCAGGGUAUUUCGAACGGCGACUCACACCACAAAGACCGCGGAUCAGAGAGGCUAGAAAGGCCAGGACCACAAACCGAGCUGGACCUCGAAAUCCAGGAACUCUCCUCGACGGGCGACGGGCUAGCAUACGCUGGCAAGAAAAUGGACUUCAUCUACGUGGUCCCCUUCGCCGUGCCCGGCGACAAGGUCCUCGCCAAGACGUACCCGCAGAAACCGGACCGUCGGCCGUGGACGAGAGUCGACCUCGUCAAGAUCGUCUCACCGUCGCCGAAGCGCAAAGGCGUCACCCCGCAGUGUCCUUACUUCGGCGUCUGCUCCGGGUGUCAACUCCAGAUGCUGCCGUACGAGGAGCAGCUCGCGCACAAGAAGACCAUCGUGGAGAAGGCGUUCCGGCACUUCUCGGACCUUGACCCUUCGCUCGUCCCGCCCGUGGACGACACGAUCGGCUCGCCGCUCAGGUACGGCUACCGCACGAAGAUCACGCCCCACUACGACGGUUGUUCGCGGUCGAAUCCGUGGAAGCAGGGCGACCAGCCCCCGCCGUUCGGGUUCGGGAAGAAGAACCAGAACCAGGGGAAAGUCCUGGACAUAGAGCAAUGUCCUAUUGCGACGGAGAUCUUGAACGCCGGGCUGAAGAUCGAGCGGGAGAAGGUGGCCCAGACGUUUUGGAAGAAGCGGACCGGCACGACGGUGUUGUUGAGGGAGAGUACGAAGAGGGAGAUGCUUCCGGUGUCGAGAUCUCUCGAGGUUCAGCAUGAGAAUGAGAAUGAGAAUGGGGAGAAAGAGGGUGUAAAUCCCAAAGGCACUGCUGCAACCACAACAACAGAGCAAGAGCAAGAACGAGACCUCUCCUCCCUCCCGCUGGAAUUCCCUGGCCCUCCAUCCUCGUCCUCAUCCUCGUCCUCAACCUCAACGUCGACCUCCCCUUCCUCCUCCACGUCGUCGACAACCACCCAAAUAACAUACACGUACCAAAACAAACACUUCCGAGACCUAAAGACCUACACGUCCGACCACCGAGCCGUCACGACCGAGCACAUCGGCCCCUUCAUCUUCAAGACACAGGCCAACUCGUUCUUCCAGAACAACAACUCCAUCCUGCCGACCUUUCUGGCGUACAUCCGCGACCAUAUCCUGCCUUUGCCACCGCCUUCAUCUCCGUCUCGGUCUCCACGUGUGCCCUCGGCACAGACAGACCCCCCGCCGAUCAAAUACCUCCUCGACGCGUACUGCGGCUCCGGGCUCUUCUCCAUCGCCCUGGCCUCGCGCUUCUCCUCGGUCCUAGGCAUCGACAUUGACGAGGCCUCGAUCCGGUGCGCGCGCGAGAAUGCCACGCUCAAUGCCUCUGUGCACAAACACCUUCGCGCAGUUAGCGCCAGUGCCGGUGGCAGCAGCAGCAGCAGUAGCAAGGAAAGUAAUCUCGGCUUCAUCGCCUCGGACGCGCAACAUAUCUUUGACGACGUGCCUUUCCCCGCGGCGCAGACCGUGUGCAUCAUCGAUCCGCCCAGGAAGGGCGCGUCGCGAGACUUUCUCCACCAGUUAUGCGCCUACGGCCCCAGGCGCGUCGUGUACGUCAGCUGUAAUGUGCAUACGCAGGCGAGGGACGUGGGCAUGUUGGUUGCCGGGGUAGGGUCGGAGGUGGAGGAUGAUGGCCGCACGGGGCCUCGGAAGCGCUGGAGGUAUGAGAUUGAAAAGCUGGGCGGGUUUGACUUCUUCCCGCAGACAGGGCAUGUCGAGGGGGUGUGUUUCUUGAAUAGAGUCGAAGACAGCUGA